AUGUCGAAGCACGUCCCCAUAGUCGAAUCCCCCGCGCUUCCCUUGCCCCCGUCGCAUGGCCUACCAACGCUCGAAGCCGUAUUUCGAAAAGCUCAUCGGUUCGAGCUUCCGGGAGACAUCACGUCGGGUGGUGUGUAUUCGAAGGACAUUCUCCACCGGGCACACAAGGCAAGCGGCAGCGCCAUCGCGCUAAUGUAA